CUUGCAUCUCAGCAGUCGGAAAGGCAUAAUACAGGUGCAUAUGUUGAAUGUACCUUUACUUUGUAAAUAAUGCCCCUAAAAGAUGUGAUGGUUUUGGAAUUUGUGGGUCUCGCCCCAGGUCCUUUUUGCGGAAAAAUUCUGGCAGAUUUUGGCGCUUCUGUGUUGAGAAUUGAUAAGGUUUGGGAAAAUAACUUCGAUGUAAUGACACAUGGAAAGACGACUCUAAAUAUUAAUUUGAAAACAUCCGAAGGGCGGAAACUAGCACGAAAACUUGUUCAAGUUCAUGAUGUACUGAUUGACCCAUUUAGACCUGGUGUAUUAGAGAGUGUUGGCCUUGGUCCCCAUGUUUUGUGCAAGGAAAAUCCUAGGUUAAUAUACGCUCGUUUAACAGGUUUUGGCCAAUAUGGCCCCUUAGCAAAACGAGCAGGGCAUGACAUUAACUACCUUGCGAUUUCUGGUGUUUUAUCUAUGUUGCGUUCUCAUAAUAAUAGACCAACUCCACCUUUAAAUAUCUUGGCAGAUUUUGCUGGUGGAGGCUUACUAUGUGCAAUGGGAAUUUGUUUAGCGCUUUUAGAACGCCAUCGCUCUGGUUGCGGACAAAUAAUUGAUGCUUCAAUGUGUGAAGGAGUUGCUUAUUUAUCCUCUUGGUUAUUUUUGUCCCGUUCGCUUCCCAUAUGGAAGAGUCAAUCAGGUCAAAGCAUGUUGGAUGGAGGUGCUUAUUUUUAUGAUUUAUACGAAACGAAGGAUGGGAAAUAUAUGACAGUAGGAGCUUUGGAACCAAAGUUCUUCGAAUUUUUUAAAAGUAAUUUAGAAUUGCCUGAACUCUGUCAAUUUCCUGAAAAUCAAUAUGAAAAAGAUAUUACUAUAGAUUUAGUAAAACAAGCAUUUAAAAAAAAAACGCAAGCUGAGUGGUCGGAUAUAUUUGAAAAUAACGAUGCUUGUGUUUAUCCAGUUGUGGAAUGGGAAGAUGUAGCUCAGUACGGGCAUAAUAAAUUUCGUACAAACUUUCAGCGAUUGAAUAAUGUAUGGGUGCCUGUACCGUCCCCAAAACUGAGUAGAACCCCUGGAAACAUUAAAAGUAUGACUACUCAUUCAACAAAUGAAAAUGUUUUAAAAAAUAUGGAAUUGAGCAAAGGAAAUAUAAAAGAAGGCGAAUCACUGUUUCCGACCAAAAAAUCAAAAAUAUAAGUAAAUGUAUAUGGAAGAUUAUGUCAAUUGACAAUUUAAAAUAGCGUGACCAAAAGUGUUUUAUAAAAUCAAGAGUAAAAGCAAAAUAUAUAAGAUUUAGUACAUAAUUAAUUAUUGUUAAUCAGAAUGAAAAUGCAUGGAAUCUUUGGAUCCAAAGUUUUAAUAUACACUGUGUAUCGCCAACUUAGUACACCUUUAUCAGUCUAAGAGAAUUGCUUCUAGCAUUUUUGUUGUCAACUUGCUUUAUUGUUUUGUGAUUUUCUCAUCUUUCAAUCACUGAUAAAGAGAACAUGCGAUAAUAAUGUUCCAUUACAUGGUUUUUACUAUUAUAUUCUUUUUAAUCAUUAAUAAUGUUUUAUUUUUGCAUCACCUGGUUAACACGUGCAAUUUGAUUGCAUUUCUCUUCGGAGACUGAAUACGUACUUUCACCAAAUAUUAUGAUAUUGCUAAGUGCUCUAUUUUUUUAGUAUGGAAAGCAAUAAUCGAAGCUUAUAAAUAAAAAUUUACUGCUUCCAAUAAUUGAAAUAUCAGAAAACUGGCAGAAGUCGAAGAGUUAUAUGCAAUUUCUUUCUUAAUAAGUCACGAGUACGGGCGAAAUAAUGAAGGCGGAUUUCAAUAAACUGAUUUCCGAUGUUAACAAAAGAGCAAUCUCACGCAACUCUUCAAAGUGUGCUAUUGAAACUAUUAAAACAAAAGAAAUAAACACCAUAUAAGGUUCCCCGAAAGAGCACGAUGGCAUGGCUUUAAAGUCUGAUUGGCGCUAUAUUGUCUUUUUGGAUGAAAAAAUAAUGAGGGCCAAAGGAUAAUAUUACUAUUAUCUUUUUCUGAAGGAGCAACAUCAGUUGGAACGGCUUCACAAGUGCUAACGGUAUGACUUUGCCAUCUUUUAUAUAAUAUGUGUGAGCUGCAAUUUUUCAAAAGUAAUAAGAAUGCACCUGUACUGAAAACUACUUUUCUCCAUUUAAAACUUUUCGAACUUUGAUAGAGUGCCCGCGUGUUUAAGCCUUGGAUUGAAGAAUAAAACGAUAUUUAAUGCAGUUUCAACGUUACUUUACGGACAUAAAUGUAUUAGAAAUAUGUGGCGAUGGUUGAAUUAGUUGAUCGUAUG